UCGUGCGUCCCGACCCCCCGGGGCAGCAGCAGCCCAAGGCGGCAGAGGCACAUAGUCCUCCAGCUGUAACACAAGAAAAUGUUAGCCAGAGAGAGGCACUGGAAGAAAAUGUCUUGUGUUGCAAUGCAUGCAAAAGGCCAUAUGAACAGUCUACUGAUGAAGAACACAUUGCAAAGCGUGUAAAACAUGAUGAAGUACACUCAGUGCCAACAGUUAGUGGAGAUAAAUUUUCAUAUAUGGGUGACUUUGCAGUCGUUUAUACAGAUGGUUGUUGCUCAGGUAACGGACGUAACAGGGCACGUGCUGGAAUAGGUGUCUACUGGGGACCAGGUCACCCUUUAAAUACCAGUGAAAGACUUCCCGGACGGCAGACUAAUCAAAGAGCAGAAAUACAUGCAGCCUGCAGAGCAAUAGAGCAAGCAAAGAGUCAAAACAUCAAGAAACUAAUUAUCUACACUGAUAGCAAGUUCACUAUUAAUGGUAUUACAAGCUGGGUUGACAACUGGAAAACAAAUGGCUGGAGAACAAGUUCAGGAGGAAGUGUAAUAAAUAAGGAAGAUUUUGAAAGACUUGAUAAUCUAUCAAAAGGCAUAGAAAUUCAGUGGAUGCAUGUUCCUGGUCAUGCUGGCUUCCAAGGAAAUGAAGAAGCUGAUAGACUAGCAAGAGAAGGAGCUAGUAAAAGCCCUGAUAUACUGGGACUGCUGCAGUAGGAGAAAAAGGACUAAUAUCACAGUGACAACUUGAACUGCUGUAAUUGCUUUGGAGUUGAACUUUGAACUGUGCUUCUUUCUGGCCUGAAGUGUUAAACAUAUACCAACUUCUGGGAAGAAAAAAAACACCCACAUUUUCUUGUAUACCAUUUGUUUUGCAGUCAAAUCAAUAUUUAGUUAAUGAUACAAAGCGUUUGCUUUUCCUCCAUCUUACUGAAGGGCCACGAUCAGUGUUUUUAGCUGUCUUGUAGACUUCUGAAUUUACUGUAAAGACAGACUUCUGAAGAAGUAAUAUUAAAUCUUUAUCCUAAGUGUUCUGUAUUUUCCUCUUGGUGAAAUAAAUUUUUUUUUUUUUUUUAC